UAAUUAUUAUCGAGUUAAGCUGGAGUGAGUUCGAAAUGAGCUAAAACGAAGUGUGAAAAUAGGUUGUGUUGACUCAUUUUAAGGAAGUAAGAAAUUAUUUGGUUUAAAUAAUAUCUACGUUUGUGAAGGUACCGGAAUAGGGAAGUCUUCUUACUCGCUAAAACCAAUCGCUGCAUUUGAUCGACUCUCGCGGCUGAAGCGCACCGCCUUCUUAUCCACCCCCGAUCUCCGAUCCUCCUCUCACAAACAUCGCGCAAAAGCAACACCUCAAUUUUCGACUCGAGGUAGCUGUGGUUUGUCGGAAUGGCUGUCCAGUUCCCUAAAAUCAGGCCAACAGCAGAAGCCAGUUUUGCUGUGAUGGGUCACCCAUUACCGUGGCGGACGCACACCCAGAUCAGCUUCAGUGUUCCUAACAAGGCGUUGAAGCUCAGGAUUUCAGCGCUGUCUGGAGGAGACAAUAGUAGCAGUAACAAGAAAGCUGCUGCCCCCAAUUCAAAUUAUGUGGUUCCUUUGGACAAGUCUUCCUGCAUCACUCGCCCCCUCGCUGAGAUUCUCCGUGACCUCAAUAAGAGGAUCCCUGAUAAUAUUAUUAAGACCAAUGAUGAUCAUUCCACAUUUAUCCCAUGGUACCAGGCCAACCGUAUGCUGAGCUUUUAUGCCCCAGGUUGGUGCGGAGAAAUUCGUGAUGUUAUUUUUUCUGAGAAUGGAAGUGUGACCGUGGUUUAUCGGGUGACUGUACGGGGUUCAGAUGGAGAGGCACAUCGUGAGUCAACUGGCACAGUGUCACCUGGCAAUGGCGAUAUUGUAGAUCCUGUUGCUGCAGCAGAGCAAAUAGCAUUUUGCAGAGCAUGUUCUCGAUUUGGUCUUGGCUUGUACCUUUACCAUGAAGAUUAGAAGAGGUUGUUUUGUCAUGUCUCGGUCGUUUGUACGUCUACGAGGUUAUUUUCCUUUUGGAUUAAUGUAUGUAACGCUUGUAUUUUCAAAUUAUUGAAAUUUAAUCUUGUAGCAUCUAAAUGCUACCAACUUUAAA